CAAUCGAGAGGCGCCGCCUUUGUCGCGACAGCCACGGUCGCAUCGCUGCGGGACUCGCCGUCGGCACCACGCCGCCAGCGCGCGAGGGCUGCCCGAGCCCUCUACGCCAUCGACGCGGCGCCUGCUCGACAGCAGAUGGCAGCCUUAGCCGGCCGCGAGGACCCCCUGUCCUUCGAGGCCCUGGCCCAGCGCGCCGCGCGCGCCGCGAAAGGCUCCGACGACCCGUUAAUUGCCGAGCUCGGCGUGCUGGAAGAAUUGCAGAGCCUGCGGCUGAAAGGCGCCUCGACACGGUUAGAAGAGGCCGAGAAGCGCAAGGCCAAAGGCAACGCCGCAUUUCAACAGGGCGAGACCGACAAAGCCAUGCGAGCUUAUUUGGAGGCGUUGUGGCUCUUGCGACCAUUACCGGCCUUCGACUCCAUGCCGCCCUGCGACCGGAGCCUGCCGUGCGGCUCCGAGGCGGCCGCGUUUCUAGGGGAAAGAGCCGACGGUCUGAGUCCGAAGCACAAGCUGUUACGGGCAUUGCACGGCAACGUCUGCGCCUGCGCGUUGAAGCGCGAGGACUGGGCGCUCGCUGUGUUAAGUGCGGAGCACGUCCUCACGGCAAAGACGUGCCCGACGAAGGAGUGGCGGCUGGCCGUGCGGCGGCGCGCGAAGGCCGUUAACGAAAGAGGUGUCGGUGAGGUGGAAUGGACCCAGGCGGCACCACCCGUGCCCGCGCCGGUGGAACCGGCAAAAAGGUCGAAGCUGGCCACGGGCUUCUUCGCCUCCUCGAAGACGUCGAAGCUCGGCGAGACGCGGGAACCCACACCGAAAAGGAGGCCGCGGAACCCGGUGGAGGAGGAGGCGAUGGAGCGCGACGAGGCCCUCCACGACUACGCGCGGCGCGUGGCUUCCGGCCACGCGUAUAAACCGGGCGAGCAUCCGGAGGACGGGAAGGACGUGGCGUUCUGAGUAAGUGUUUUUGUUUGC